CCGGUGCCGUUCACACCACAGCGUGUUGUGAACAUGUAGACGGGUCAGAGCUGCAGCUCCAGUCCAGACCCUUGAUCCCAGCGUGCUGCGCGUCUGGCUCUGACAUCAUCGGUUAUGAGGUUACACAUAUGGCAAUGCCACCACUCCAGACGGGUUAGUCGUCUUCUUGGGACCGACGGACUAGAUCCUCCACCGCCGUCAUGUCGCACACCUGGUCGGCAAAAGACCAGAAAAACACGAGUCAGCCGGGAGCCGUGGGGCAGAAGAGACCACGCAACGACACCGGGAACAAGGUGACGGUGGUGCUCGGCGCGCAGUGGGGAGACGAGGGCAAAGGCAAGGUCGUUGAUUUGUUGGCGACCGAAGCGGACGUCGUCUGCAGGUGCCAGGGUGGAAACAAUGCGGGACACACGGUGGUUGUGGACGGCAAGGAGUACGACUUCCACCUUCUCCCAAGUGGGAUCAUCAAUCCCAAAAGCAUAUCGCUCAUUGGUAACGGAGUAGUCAUACAUCUACCUGGGCUUUUUGAGGAAGGCGACAAAAAUGAUAAGAAAGGUCUGAAAGGCUGGGAGAAGAGACUGAUCGUCUCGGACAGAGCUCACCUCGUCUUUGACUUCCACCAGGUUGUCGAUGGUUUACAGGAAUCUGAAAGACAGGCACAAGAAGGAAAGAAUAUUGGAACAACCAAGAAGGGCAUUGGACCUGCGUAUUCCAGCAAAGCUUCUCGCACCGGGUUGCGUGUAUGUGACCUCCUGGGUGACUUCAAGGACUUUUCAACCAGAUUCAAGAACCUCGUCCACCAUUAUCAGUCCAUGUAUCCUUCUCUGGAAGUUGACAUUGAGGACCAACUGAAAAAACUUAAGGAGUAUGCUGAGCGAUUGCGGCCGAUGGUCAGAGAUGGGGUCUAUUACAUGAACGAAGCUCUUCACGGACCGCCAAAGAAAAUUCUGGUUGAAGGGGCCAACGCUGCUCUGCUGGACAUUGACUUUGGGACUUAUCCUUUUGUGACAUCAUCAAACUGCACCGUGGGCGGCGCGUGCACAGGCCUCGGCAUCCCACCGCUGAAUAUUGGUGAUGUGUUUGGUGUAGCGAAGGCCUACACCACCAGGGUGGGAAUUGGAGCGUUCCCUACAGAGCAGCUCAACGCAGUAGGAGAGCUGCUGCAGACAAGAGGUCACGAGGUCGGCGUAACCACGGGCAGGAAGCGACGUUGCGGAUGGUUGGAUCUUGUCAUCGUCCGAUACGCUCACAUGAUCAAUGGCUUCACAGCCAUUGCCUUGACAAAACUUGACAUUCUGGACGUGCUGGAUGAAAUCAAAGUUGGCGUUGCCUACAAACUUAAUGGGAAGAGAAUUCCCCAUUUUCCAGCAAAUAUGGAUGUUCUGCACAAAGUGGAGGUCGAGUAUGAGACCUUACCAGGCUGGAAGACAGACACAUCUGCUGCCAGGAAGUGGAACGACCUCCCAGCUAAGGCACAGAACUACAUCCGCUUCAUUGAGAACCACAUUGGAGUUCCCAUCAAGUGGGUUGGAGUUGGAAAGUCCAGAGAAUGCAUGAUCCAAAUGUUUUAAAGGAAAACCACCAUCACCAUCUUAAUCCUUUUCAUGGACGACACAUACAAUGGCAUCUUUUCAUCAACUUCUCUUCAUUAUUUA